AUGAGCCGUGGACAAGAUGCCGUUGUUCAUAUCCGAGAAGAGCGUGCAGUUGUUGGAGGCGUUCUAGUUGCAAAGAAAACAGUGAUAGCUGCCACAGAUGGACGGUGAGAUGCGCUGCCACCUGAAUUCUUUAAUUUAUAUUGCAAAACGCGAUCGACAGCAUAGUAGAUACCGAAGUUGAAGGGGCAAAUCGAAACGUUCUGAAUGUUUAAGAACUGGAUCAGAAAGAAUUCUUCUUUUAGAGAAUACUAAGCAUGAGUUGUGCUGUUAAGUACAAGUGCUUAAUAGUCGCCAGAGAGAAGAAGCUGCAGGGACAAUACUGUAAGCCUUGCAGCAAAUACAUUCAUAAAUCUCCGCGAUAUGGGAAGUUGUUUAUUGGACCAAAGGCGGAAGUGAUAUAUUGCGAUUUGAUAUGUUCUCCUCUGAGUGAAUGUAUAACUAAUCACUAAAUCUUUAAUGCUUAUAACUAAUUAGUCGAUCUUCAUAUUUUGGAAAGGAUAAAUGAGCGGAAAUAAAAUUCAUUUCCGUUAUUUAGCCAGUGCCGAUUGUACGACCGCCUCUAGCCCUUCCGAGAAAAAUGGUCUGUCGAAAGGCAUUCGUUUGAUAAAUAAAACUGUUUAUAUACGUUCGGAAUCGUGAAAACUAACAGCGUGUUUAAGAACGACACACAGUUUUUUGAAUUGAAAAUCAAAAUAAAUAAUCAUGUAGUGGCAGUGUUUAACCUCAACACAUUCCUUACACGGAAUAGGGAACUUUCACUUUCGAUAUCAUAACGGUUCCACAUGGUUACCUCUUCCCGGAAUCAUUGGCAAAGAAAAAAACGCACUUAAUUUGAGUGUCAGUGUAUUCAGCACGAAAGUACUAAUUGGGGACACUAUUUUUACGUCUCCUACUGGAGACCGGACAGCCAUUUUACGUGGUCAUCCGAGCCACGCGAAGGUCUAGCCGCUUGCAGUGCAAAGGGAGUACCUUCAUUUCUCAGUUAUUUUAAGACCCUGAGUUUUGGUCCGGCCCCGGACCUCCUGCCCUGCAGUAACACGCUCUACUGACUGAGCUAACACUGCCGCGGUUAAAAACAUUCCUUAAAACAAUAAGGUUGCCAGUAAUGUUCAAGAAAAGAAAAGAAAAGAGAAGACUCAUCACAAGAAAGAAAAGAUUAACUUACUCACUUUUAACAUGGAUCAGGCUCUUUCUCAGGGGUCGACCCUCAAUUCUUUGUCAUGCAGUAUUUUCAAUUUCCUCUUCUUUAACUGCCGGCAGGCUAUAGGAGCACAUGAACUGCCAGGUAUAUUUUCUUGUCUUCUCCUUUUGGGAUCCUUUUGUUUUGAUUCUAAAGAUUUGCGUGCCUGUUCAAAGUCAGCAUCUUUCAUAUUCAUAAAUCCGUACUGUUCUUAAACUACCCGUUCAAAACUGGUCAUCAAUUAAAGAACGUCAGGAGUAGGGUUCAUGCGGCCUUCACUGUUGUCCUUCUUUCGAACAGUAAUAAUUACAUCGCUGAUGUAAGCGACCAACUCCGAUCCUUCGGGAGAAUUUCUUCUCAUAUCAAAAGGCUUGACUCGUUCUGUUGCGUUUUCUUCUUUGUUGCUGUUGUUAUUGUUCAGUUAUCGCUUUUUAUGACUCUCAAUAACUUCUUUUUGUCUGCAAACCUCAAGCCAUGAUUCUGCAGAACUGGUGUUGUAAACGUUCGCUUUCGAUUCAUUCACUUUGGCAAACCGCGGCACCCCGAAAGGCGGGAAAACUAAUAAUAGGCCAUUUCCGAGUUCCCCCGGACCUCUGUACCAAGGCGAGGUUAAGUGCUCAGCCUUUGAUAUGGGAAUGAUUUUCAUUCUCGUGCGAAUUAAAACUCAUUUUCACGAGAGAUGCUGUGCACUUGGUCUCAUUUUGAAAGUGAGGGGUUUUCAAUUUAACUCGGAAGUGGACUAAACGAUUUUUUUUUUUCAAUGGUUUUCGUAUGAGGCCUGUAAGAAAAUUGCUUGACCAAUACAAUCAAAUUGUUUCUAAUUUAACAAACCAUUUUUAGUUGACAUCUUUGUUUGGAGUAAAUCUCAGUUACUCAUAUAUUUGAAGAGGUAAGCAUGCAUUAUUUUUUUCUCCAUUGUUGAUAGUUUUCUGGCUUAUCAGGUGAACACCGUUCAAGCAGCUGGAAGGUAAUAUUAUGAAUUUUUUGAUAAAGCAAAUUAAUAUUUACAUCAACUGCCGGCAUAGCAGGCGCAAGAAAAACAUAUAAUUUAAAUAUCCACUGCUACACAGGCUAAUAUUUAUAAUUUUAUAAAUGUGUUAAUCAAAGCUGAUAGGAUUCGAUUCUUGUUAUUUUUGCCACAGGAAGAAACUGUCCCGAAGUUAUUGGUAACUGUAGAUUUUUUCUGAGUCGACAUAUUAGUAAAUAAUAGGUGAAAAUCUUUAGGGUGAACACAACUCUCAAAAACAACUCGACAGUUGGCUUUACUUGCCCAAGACCAUGGGUAAAUUCUCCAUGGUAUUAAGGAAACGAGUGCUUUGAUAUGACCUAGGAUCUAUAGUGACUAUUUUGAGUGACAUUUACUUCCAUUCCACAAGGUUUGUUUAUAUUUUCGGGACGCGAUGCGUCACCGUCUCAUUAUCUGUUUCGCGCGCAUGCGCAUCACCUCACUGUGCUUCUUAAUAUCUGGAUAACACAAGAAAUCUUAAUAGAAAAUACAUAAACUCAUAUUUCAUUAUCUUUACAGUGGAUCUGGCAACAACAACCCGAGUAUAGGGUCUCCUGGCCACGCCCAGGGAGCACCAUUACCCAGCUACCCUCAACAGGGAGGAUAUCCUACCUCUAGGCCAGUGGUGAUCGCUGAUCCACCUGAGCGUGACUGCAGCUACUACUGUUUUGCUUGUGACGGUGAUUCCGUAUGGUACAAUCCCAGGGGAAAAGGUAUAACGCUUCUCGGCUUUUCACCUCACACGAGCAAUAAAAGUUUUCUAAAGAGCUUAUGUGCCUGCCCCUAAAGACAAACCUUGAGCCAUUGUUUUGAUGUUCCUUUUGUAGUAAUGUUAAAAGGUUUAGAAGUUUCCUUUGAAAGGGUACAAUGGCUUGUCUCAGCAUAUCUUGAACAAAAACAAACUGAUAAACAAACAAAUAUUAGAGUAGACUUGAUCAGAUUUUCUUCAGAAUUGACAUUUUAAACUAAUAUUUCUGUGUAUUGCAUACAAAAGGGCCUUUUCUAUCGUCCUGGCUCUCUAGGGUAUUUUGACAGUAAGGAGGGACAUUGUAAAACAGGAUUCAAGGAAGGAUUGAGGGAUUCUUACUUUAGUUUAAGAUCCAGACCUUUAUUAACGUUUUAGUUCCACAGACGAUCAAUGUUAUAAGAUUAAACGUUAGUUGUAAAGCGAUGACUUAAAAACGUUCCUUGAUAUCUCGCUUUUAUCAUUACAAACGAUCAACACAUUUGAGGAUUUUUCAAUCUUUUUUUUUUCCUUUUGUUUACCCACAGCAUCACACUUGCCGUUAGUUAGAUUUUAUGGUGCAUAAAUAAAUGCUUUUAUGGUGUCUGUCUGUCUGUCCGACAUGAUCCAUCCGUCAAACUGUCUGAUGUCUGUCUACCUUUCUUUUUGUCUGUCCGUGUGUUUGCAUUUUCUGACUCUCUGUCUGUCUGUCUCUCUUUCUGUUUGUUGUCUCGUGAGUAGUCUGUCUGGCUGUUUGCCUGUAUGCCCGUCUGUAGGUAAGUAGACUAGGUAUAUAAGUAUAUUUAAGGGUGGGGUGCGGGGUUCAGGGACGUUCAGUAAUAGCAAAAAAAUGUGAGACCAAAGAAGGCCUGGCACCCUUUUCAUAUGUUCGCCCUUAUUUCCAUCUCCUAGUAAUAAUGAAAUCAAUUACUCUAAGACGUACUUUAUAUUCCAUUUAAUGAGGUAAAAGUGUGUUCAAGUAUAGAGCUUUACCUUAUCAUUAAGACCACGAAAUUUUUCGCGCUCGGUUAAUUUCUCCUUCUGCUCACAUUUCUUUGCCCCGUCCCCUCAAUCUGAACACCUGGAACAGGAUUUUAGCUCUGCAUUUAAAGAUGCUUCGUCUAAGAACUGCCUGAAAUCAAAGUCUUUUCUUUGUCAUUUUUCAGGUAUUUGUUGGGUGCUACUACUUCUGCUGUUCUGGCUUCUCGUGGGCGCUAUUGUGAUACCACUCACCAUCCUGUACCUUACAUUAGGUUGCUUGGUUGCUAUGUUUGGUGAUGACGAUUAA